GGUGUGACUUACUUUCCGCUUCCACUCGUCCAGAACCCGCGGUCGCCUCUGAGGCAUUUCUCUCUGGUGUUUCCCUGGUCCCCCAACGGGUCAAAGCAAGCGACUUCUGGCCUCAAUCCUACAAACAAACAAAAACUCAAUCGCGACACGCAGACGAUGAGCGCAAAGAAGAGCGGUACUAAAACUGCGAGUGCGAAGGAAGAAGAGGAGAAGACUUUCGAGUACCGUGAGGUCGUGCUCGGGAAGAUGCGUGGAUUCCCCCCGUGGCCUGCGAUGGUAGUUGACCCCGGUACGGUUCCUAAAUCAGUCGCCAAGGAACGGCCCGCAACGAAGAAGAUCACGUACUACGCGGUGCGAUUUUUCCCUUCGGGCGACUAUGCAUGGCUUUCUCCGCGGGACAUUACGAAUCUGCCGCACAGUCAGAUCCUGCAGUUCAUCGAAGCGCCCGAGCAACGAACAAAACCCGAUCUCGUGGAUGGUUACAAGAAAGCGUUGGAUCCUGAGGCCUGGGAAGCAGCCAUAACAACUGCUACACCACCCCCCAAGAAAGGGCGGAAGGGACGCAAGAAAAAGGACGACGACGAUGAGGAUGAAGAUGAGUUAGCUGAAGACAACUCGGAAGACUCCAAACCUGGAAAGAAACGUAAACGAGCAAGCUCGCCUGUAGCCAAGAAGAAUGCUGCUAAGAAAGGCAAAGGGAAGAAGAGCAAAGAGACGGUGGAGAGUGAAGAUGACGGCUCAACUAAGCCACCGACGAAGAAAUCCAAGGGCAGUGCGGCUGAGACCAAUGCUGCGCUGGAGAGCGAUCCUGAGGCGGUCAAAGUGCGAGAAUGGCGCCAUAAGCUUCAGAAGACGUUCCUAAGCAGCAACAAGACUGUGCCUAAAGACGAUGACAUGCCCGCAAUCGAUACUCUGUUUACCACCGUGGAAAGUUACGGUGGAAUGAACAUCGACUAUCUUACUUUUUCCAAGAUCGGCAAGGUGAUGCGGCACAUUCAUCUUCUUGAGGACGAACGGGCUCCCCGGGACGCCGACUUCAAGUUCCGUGAAAGGGCCAAGGCCCUGGUUGACAAGUGGCAGCAGAUUCUCAAUGCGCAUAAAGCCGGGCCAGAUACCGAUGGCGCCGCAGCGAAUGGCACUGAAGAAGAGAAAGUUCACACAGAGGAAACGAACGGGGUCGCUGCGGAGCAAGAGGAUAAGAAUGAGGCCGUCGAUGGCGAUCUUACCAUGAUGGAUGUCACGAUGGACGGCGAGUGAGAGCGGUCGUACCCAAAAGCAUCACAUUGCACUCAUCUUCUCAACCUCUCACAUCCACGUGCUCUGUUUUCUUUACAUCUAGUUCUCUAUCCUGUUUGUUGUUUUUAAUACGCCUUUUCUCCCUGUCAUGCCUUGUGCUUUCUAUUUGCAUGAUUGGACAGGUUGACAUCAGCGAGAGGGAAGCGGAGAUGUUGCACGUGAUCUUGGAGAUAUUGCACGUGCAAUUCAUCCAUUCGCUUGUGCAAG